AUCCCAGCCUGGAGAAGCCAGAGGUCAGUAUGAAAUUUCUCUCUGCAGAACCUCCUCCUUGCAGACCUCUCAGGAUGCUCCCGCUGCUUCCUUUAUCCUCCCCGCUCCCUCCUUGAAAGCUUGUUGGAUCCAAAUAAGAGGGGGCCUGGGGGGAGGGGGGGAGAAAGGGGAAGGGGCGUGGGGGGAGCCACAAGAGACGCCUCUGGAUCCCGGCAUGGAGGCAAUAGGACGCUGCUGAGGAUGCCAGGGUCCCCUCGAGCUGCCCUGCCAUGUCGUCCUCCAGACGCCAAGACACGGACGAGGUUUUCGAGACCCAGAGGCUGGACAGCAGUUUGCAGAAGGCCCGAGCCCAGCUGUCGGCCAAGGGUAGGCGGCACCGCCCAUCCCGGUCCCGCUUGAGAGACAGCGUCAGCUCGGCGGAAGGGGACGAGAGCCUGGAGAGGAAGGUGGCUGAUAAAUCUAGCAGCCCACGGCACCGUAUGAGAUCCCCGCUGCACGCCACCCUGCAGGUCUCCUCUCCCCUCUCCGGCUCCUCCCCCUUCCUCCGUGCCACCGAGUUCUCCUUCGACGCCUCCGUGGUCAGGCGGACGCAGGAGGAGGACGAGCAGCCUUCGUCCCCGCUGAUCCGCUACCGGCCCUUGACCAACGCUUCCUCCCAGGAGGCCUUGGGAUGCACCCCCACCAGCUCGCCCCCCAAGUCCUGCCACAGCUCAGACAGCUCGCCCAUCUACACCCGGAGGGAUCGCCGGGCAGAGCGGCACAGCGAAGAUGAUACAAGCCCGCCAGAGCCCGCCAGCCCCACCAUUGGGCUUGACAAGAAGACCCGGAGGAAGUUCCUGGAUUUGGGGGUGACCCUGAGACGAGCCUCUUCCAGCAAAAGCAGGAAAGAGAAGGGGAGCAACCGGUUGUCCAUGGGCAGCAGGGAGCUGGUGGAGGGCUCCAGCCGCUCGUCCGUGUCCCCGUUCAUGCCCUUCUCCUGGUUCACGGACAGUGGGAAGGGCUCAGCCUCGUCCGGCAGCACCAUCUCCCCGACCCGCUCGCCCAAGAGGGAGGGCUUAAGCCCCAAGAAAUCUGCCUCCCAGGAAUCCACCCUGAGCGACGACUGCACCCCACCCAGCAGCAGCCCCAAGACACUGAGCAGAGGCGCCAGCGAGACAAAAUGCUCCUACCCUUACCACACCCUGUCCCAGUCCUCCGACGAGUUCCUGGAUGAGCCCGUCAGCGCUGCCACCAGCUGGAGCAGCCAGCAAGUGGGCCAGUGGCUGGAGAGCCUGAACCUGGAGCAGUAUGUGGGCGAGUUCGUGGCCCGCGAGGUGGACGGCCAGCAGCUGCUGCACCUGGAUGGAGCGAAGCUGAAGGCCCUGGGCGUCAGCAGCUCCACUGACCGGGCCCUGCUGAAGCGGAAGCUGAAGGACCUGAGCGUGGCGGUGGAGAAGGAGCGGAAAGCCCAGGAGAAGGUGGAGAAGCAGAGGGAGAAGCAGAAACAGAAGAAGAAAGAGCAGGAGCAGCAACGGCGGAGUUAGGGAGGGCGAGUUGGCACACGGCUCCCGGCGCGGGGAGGGACAGAAGGAGACCGCCCCUGCCCAGGCGAGGGGGAAUCAGGGGCGCGUGGACCGGGAGAGACACUGGACCCCAUAGGGGUUUAGCCUAGGUGCCAGUCUUUGGCUUGGGGCGGCACCACCACGGAGCCCGGACCUUCCAGCGGCCUCCUGGAUCCCUGCUGGCCCCAGUAGACAAGCAAAGCCCUCCCCCACUCUGCCCAUCCACGCCGCUGCGCACGGGGCUCCUGGCACUGCUGGGCUUGGCCCCACAGUUGGCGCGGCUUUCCCCUCCUGGCUUCCCCGCUGACCUCCGUCUGCUCCCGAUCGGUUCCAGUCACCAAGACGCCUUCCUGCUCCAUGCUGAUCGGCUGUCCUACCUCACCGGCCCCGUUGCCAUUAGCCCAUUGGCACCACUGCUGCUCCCCACUCACUCCCGAAAACGACGGCUCGGCCCCAACUGGCCCGCAGGAUGAAGAUAGUGCAUGGCGUUACCCCUCCCCCCACCCACGAGCGAUCCUGGGUUGCGCUCAGGGGCCCCGGGCACCCUCCAGGGGCCAGGAUCGACACAGCCCGGACUAGCAGGGCCCGGCCUAUUUACUCCGAGAGCACACACACCGACCCAGGGAGAAACCACGAAGGAAAUAAAACCGAUUGCAACCAGC